CCUGGCUGUAUUUUGGAUUUGGAGUCUUUUAUUACACCGCUGCGACUUUGACACAAGAGUUGCGCAGGCAGAGUCUCUAGGAGUUGUCUGUUGGAGGGACUUCAGGCACCUCGAAUCAAACUUGAGUUCCAGGAACCAGUCAGGGAGUAAGCUACCCACCUACUGCUUUCAUUGGAAAGAAAACAAAAGCACCUCUGCCACCAUGGAUGACGAACAGUGCUACUACAACGAGACCAUUGCCUUCUUCUACAACCGCAGUGGCAAGUACCUUGCUACUGACUGGAACACAGUCAGCAGGCUGGUGAUGGGCCUGGGCAUCACUGUGUGCAUCUUCAUCAUGCUCGCCAACCUUCUGGUGAUGAUCGCCAUCUACGUCAACAGGAGAUUCCACUUCCCCAUCUACUACCUGAUGGCCAACCUGGCAGCUGCUGACUUCUUUGCCGGACUGGCCUACUUCUACUUGAUGUUCAAUACGGGACCCAACACACGACGUCUGACUGUUUCCACAUGGCUGCUGCGCCAGGGCUUGAUUGAUACUAGCCUGACAGCGUCUGUGGCCAACCUGCUCGCCAUCGCCAUCGAGCGCCACAUCACUGUGUUCCGCAUGCAGCUACACACGCGCAUGAGUAACCGGCGUGUGGUGGUGGUGAUUGUCAUAAUUUGGACCAUGUCCAUAGUCAUGGGCGCCAUCCCCAGCGUGGGCUGGAACUGUAUCUGUAGUAUUAAGUCUUGCUCCAACAUGGCGCCGCUUUACAGCAACUCCUACUUGGUCUUCUGGGCAGUGUUUAACCUAGUGACUUUUGUUGUCAUGGUGACACUAUAUGCCCACAUAUUCGUCUAUGUGCGGCAGAGGACCAUGAGGAUGUCGCGGCACAGCUCAGGACCAAGGCGCAACCGAGAUACGAUGAUGUCUCUGCUGAAAACCGUGGUGAUUGUGUUGGGUGCAUUCAUUGUCUGCUGGACCCCCGGCCUGGUCAUCCUUCUCCUUGAUGUCUUCUGCGCCAGCUGCAAUGUCCUCACCUACGAAAAGUUCUUCCUGCUCCUCGCCGAGUUCAACUCAGCCAUGAACCCCAUCAUCUACUCCUACCGUGACAAAGAGAUGAGCGCCACCUUCAGGCAAAUCCUGUGCUGUCAGCGGCAGGAGAACGUCAAUGGCACGGCAGCGGAAGGAUCAGACCGGUCAGCGUCGUCCAUUAACCACACGGUGCUGAGCGGUGGUAUGCACCACCACCACCACAACGAACACUCGGUGGUAUAAAGCAGAGCCAGAGAUUAAUCCAACUGCUUGAAGGAGUAAAUCAGUUUUUGGGACUGAAAGAAGGUAAACAGAAGCAUGGGGAGGUCGAGAGAGACUGGGAACAUGAUUUGAACUGAAGACAGUUACGUGUUAAAUUGGAGAAUGAAGAUUGAUGGAGUACAGUUGAUGACAAGCUGAGAUCACGAUGAAGAAAAGGAUGGCAACAAUGAAGAAAGACUUUAUCGCUGUGUGGAGGAAGAACAAGGAGAAGAGUCUGAUCUUCGAGGACUCUGAUAGGCUGUUAGUAUUUUUUGUUUAGUUGUUUAUUAUUUCUAUUUGUUUUGUCAUGGACAACGCUGAUAUGAACUAUUUAAAAGUAAUCUGUGAAAUGAAGGUUAUGCCAGUACUCCAGUCUUCUCUAACUCUUUAUCCUGUUGUCUUUGGUUUCAGACAACUUCUCCUUGAUUCUCAUUCUUAGGAAAGGUCUCAUAACAUCAUACAUACAUGUUACAUGCAGACAUAAUGACAUCGGAGUUUCUUUCCCAUGUUUGAUACAUUUUUGUCCAAACCCAGAUUUAAAAUCCAAACCAACACAUGCAGUUUUGUGUUCUUAACAUAUAACUAAAUGGUAAUACAAACCUUCCAGCAGCUUAAACUUUAAAAUUACCUUGUGGAGACUCAAUGUUGAUUUUCUUAAUAGAAUCUAGAUAUCAGAAGUUUAAACUUUUUGAAGAUAUAAGCGUCAAAGUAAAAAAUAUACGAGACAUCUUGCUGUUCUUCAGACUCAUCAUUCAUCUUAUGAUGACAAGUGACCUUACAGCCUAAAUACUUUGGGGAUUCAUUAUUCUACUGACCCUCUUAUCCUACUAAAAUACAUAAGUGAAUCUAGUUUCUUCAUUUCAUCCAACGUAAAUACAUGCAGGGUCCAGGAUGUGUUGUUUAUUCCCUCUAAGGAAUUAGAGACAAGUUGUUCCAGGGAUAUUACCAAAAACGGGAGGAGGAUGUUUUGCGGUUUUCGAGCAGGCUCUGUGCCACAGUGUUAUGUGGAGACAAGGUGAAGGUCAUUUCUGGUGAGCGUUCGCAGACUUCAGAUCAUGUCAUGAAAUGUGCUGAGCUGUCUGCCUCUUGUGGUUUUAUCAAAUCUCUGUGUCCAUGAGGCUGACUGAGGAAAAAGGGGUUGGGGGGAGUGAAUGUGAAAGCAUAAUCAGUGUUAAUGGGAAUUUGUGAGAGGUAACAAGUUAGGCCAUUCCGUCUUUUUAGCAUCAACAUGAAGAUACAGUACAGUGGAUGGUAAUAAAUGCCUGCUUUCAUUGUUUAGAAACUCAGUCUUGCCACAAAUGAUACAGUAGCUGAUUUACACAGUUUUGAGUGCAAACACUGACCUGCUAAUUUCAUGGCAUUUCAUCUAAUAGUUAAUAGCAUUGCCAUCCACAGAGCCACACUGGUAUAAGGGCCAAUAAAAAUCUAUUUUGUAAUUGGUCAGUAGUGCGAAAUCCUGUCAGAGUUCACUUAAGCAAAAUCUUCACUCAGAUUUACGUAUCCUCCAUGAGCAAAUCCACUCAUUCCAGUGUAUUCCACUACUUUCAUCCAAAAUGCAACUUUAAUUUGUGUCAUAAGCCACAUUUACAGCCAGUUUGGCUGUUAGCAGGCCAUUACAUGGCCAUUAACAGUGAUUAUAAGCAUCAUAGAUAUGGGUUAGAAGUGGCCUGCCACACCUAUAAUUAGGUUCAGAAGGCUUUUAUCAGGCUAUGAAAUGGCUGUUUACGUUUACUGUUUGGGGACAACCUCUUGUGGUUGUAAUAAUUAUGACGAAAGCCAAGGAGGAAGUUAUGUGACUUAGUGUGAAGAGCAAGAAAGUCCAUGUUGUACAGAAGGGAGGGAACCUAAAUGGAGUAAGUGAACACAGGAUAGGACUUUCACCCAUGAGAGCAUGAGAUUCUCAUGAAAAUCACUUAUACAUUACCACUCAGAUAAGCCUGCUUGGCAUUACAAACACAUAGGAAAGUUUAAAAAUAUCUUUCCUUCUAACAAGAAAUUGAAUGUCAUAUACUUUCUUUUUUUUGCGCUUCCACAGUGUUAUUGGUGAUAUGAAGUAAUAUGGAACCAAAAUAUAUAUUUUGUUUGUCUUUAUGAGAUGGUUGGAUUCAUAAUAAUGUCUUUGUGAACCAGUCUUAAUUUACAAAUGCUACAGAAAAAGAAACAUAAUCCAAAUAUUUUGCAUAUUUCUGCCUUCCUCUCUUGCUGUCCCUGCCGAUGGUGUCUUACACAGAGGGACACAUCUUGCGUUCAAAGGUUCCCAGUGAAUUAAGUUGGCACAUAUUACAGAUUGGACUUUGUAUUUGUCUCGUGAAACCUGGUGACAGGCACAAAAUGGGGUUCUGAGUAUGUUGAUGUUUACUGUAACAACGUUAUGGAAUGAUUACCCCCAACAUUAAGCAUUUUUGGUAGUCUGUUCUUGUUUAGGGGGUACUGAUAACAAUGACGUAUCACAGUUUACUAUUACGGGGAGACACAGUUCUCAGUUUUGAGAUUUUGGGCUAUUUUGCUUCAAUAUAUUUCAUAAUGGAAAGAGAAAGUUCAUAGUACACAUUUAGAUGUUUAUUUUAGUUCAGAAAUCAACUGCGGAAGAUUCAUGGUGAUAUCUAGUAGUUAAAAAUGUUAUCCAAUCAACCUGUGUUGUAAUUUCGGUCGUAACUUUACAAUACAUUUUUAUCAAAUGGGAUUUUUUCUUCGUUCUCAGAGCCAAAAUUGUCCAAUUUAGUAGCACUUGCAGACAUGAAACUUUCCAGGUAUAUUUCUGUCUGUAUUCUGAAGGUUUUCGCAGAGGGGUUUGUUCAUAUAGCUUAUCAUUUAUAGCCUAACUGGAAGAACAUUUAAUUCCUAAAAACAUGGCAAAAUUGAUUUUUUUUAUGGCAGUAUUUUCUGAUUCAUGGAGUGAUAAAAAUGAUGAAAAUUCCUAAUGUGUCAACAAAAUGUAACAGUAAUUAGUUAAAAGUUUUACUCUUUAUACCUGUAGUGUCUCCUGUUAUGAUGAUAAUAUAAGGUCAAACAGAGUUGAGCCAAUGCAGUGUUGAAUAGACAUAUUUUCACAAUUGCACUCAACACCUUCUGCCAUUAACUUGACACUCAACUGAAAGUCAGCCUGGCGAUGCUCUGACGUACAUCGUUAAAAAGCACCAGCUGAACCUUUUGUCGUGACUUGAAUCAAAACACAUUUUGGCCAAAGUACACAGACAAAGCUCCAAACAGCUGACAGAAACGUGAGAAUCACGGCCAAAAACACAGUCAAAUGUUUUCCAGGAAGCAAGAUGUUUGUCAGGGAUUUAAGCUGCAGUGCUAAAAUGAAGUCAGCUGGUAUUUUUGCCUGUUGAAGUUGGCCAAAAUGUUGCCGUUAUGAGGCAACAAAGUUCUUUUAUCCAGAGUUUGGAUGUGUUUUUUUCAGUGUUCCCUAGCUGUUGGGAGUGGGGAUAGGAUUUCUACUUGUCGUAAUUGUUUUUUGCCUUGUAAUCUCUCGGUUGUGCCUUUACACUUCUUGAACAAUUUAACUUAAUUCCUGUAGUUUUGCCUUUGAGUUCGUCCACCUUUCCUUCUGUUAACUUCACAACAAACCUCACAAGAGUUGUGGCAGCAUUAGUGCCACUCAUUGUUUCAUUGACCGAACUCUGUCUACCUACAGCUCUGGACCCAACCCUCUAUAUUUCACUGUAACCAUUUCUCUAACAAAGUAUUGAUUCAGGUUAUAUAGCAAACCAACUAAACGUUCUGUCUUUGUAUGUUUACCAGUGUGUCACUCUUUGUACACUAUUGUAAGUAUAUGUGUACAGUAUGUAUGUAUAUAAAAAUAUAUUAUUCAAAGUUAAUCACCAAAGGGAAAGUGUUUUGUAAAUUUUAAGUGUGUUUUAAUCUGUCCAAAUGUACUGUAGGAUUUUGUUUAUUUUGUUUUUAUGUCAUGAGCUCUUUUGUAUUGUGACCUUAAUUAAUGGAUUUCCUGUAGACUCUAUUACAGUCAUUACUGUGUUUGUGACCCAGAACUAGAUUAUCUAUGUGUGCAGUGCCUUCCUCCUUAAAGAGUAACUCAACACCAGGCUGAAAAGUCGUGUUUUACCGCCCUCUCUGGUUGAAAGUGUCCCUUGUUGCACCUGUAAACACACCCAACAGUGAUGUCACAGUGCACUGGAGUACACUUGUACAUCACUGCAGCAAAGCAAGAUACUAAAACCGAUAGAGCUCCACAAAAACAAGAUCUUCAGCUGGUGUUUACCUACUCUUUAAGCUUGUGUGUUGCUAACACCGUUGUUUUGUAAUUGCCUUAAAGUACAACAAGGAUUUAAUGGUAAGUGUCAGUGUUAGAGUGAAAUUUAACUUUUGCAGAGUUUAAUGCUUGAUAUUUUUUAACAAUAAAGAUACACAACACAGCCUCAAAAAUUAUCAAAUGAGUACAAACUCAUACAUACAGAUCAUACAUUAUUAUUUUUUUGUUUGUUUUAAUGUAAUGAUAAAAUUUUAAAACUAGCGUUCCGAAUGAAAACAUGUCAUCAACAUUUCAACUUUUGGGGUGGUCAGAUUAAGAGACAGAUUAUCUCAUGUGGAGACAUUAAUAAGAUUUUUGGAUUUUUUUUCAACAAGGAGACAAAUUCAUUCUUGGGGGACAACACAAACUGGCUAAAUAUGAAGCACGUCAUCAAAACACCUUCAAACCCCAGUAGACUGGACAUGCAUCAGUACGUAUCACAAUCUGUCACUGUCCUUUUUGUCAUUUUUAACACUCUUAAGCUGUCCAGAAAAACAACAGUUUUAUUAUAUGUAUCCCCAAAGUAAUACAGCCAUUGUACCCAGACUGCUACUUAAUUAUGUGAGCAACCCAAUGUCAGGAAAAAUGUUGGCAUUGUACAUUUCGGCAAUCCACAGAAACGUUAAAUUUGUUAUUAGGUAGGUUGAAAUAAACUGUGUUAAGGCACAAAAACAAAACAAAAAAUACACUGGGUUAUAGUAAGGAAAGUUAGUAUCGUUAAAAAUACCUGGUUUUGGGAGCACAAAACCCAACUAGAAAAGCAGCAGUGACAAAUUUUUGGGUCAAAAACAGUAGGCUGUAGCUUGGCAAGCUUCUCUCACCAAAGUGACACGCCAUGCAUUGCCUCAAUUCAAAAACAGCAGUAUAAUAUAUAUCAAACAUGCAAAUGUAACAUAUUUGUAGUUUGCAGAAAUAUACAAUGUCAUUGCUUUCUUCUGGUGACUGUGCUGAUCCAGUGGGUUCAUCCAAUAUUUGCUAUGGGUAUCAGUUGAUGUUACAUAAUGCAGCCAGUGUGUUUUUCACAUAAGAAAUGUCAUUUUUAUACCAAAAACUGUUCAUUCCAAAGUGUACACGUAGAAUGAUAAAAUGUACAUUAUUAGGAGCGAUGACUGAUCUUCCAAACUCUGGGGUCUGAAACAUUUUGUUCUUUAAAGUAAAACGUUGCUUUAAAAUGUUUGGGAUUUUUUUUUUUUUUUUUUUUUUUUUUUUUUUGCCAAGCCUCAAAUUUAACAAACCAUGUACCAGCUCUUUGUAGAAAGUAAUUGUGACGCAGACGUAAAUGUGAUUUCCAUACUAACUGUACGGGCCGAUAUCAAUGAAUGUCCACCCAGGGUCAUAGUGUUGAUAUCCCAGCAACAAUAAAAACAUGAGAAAAGUC